CCGGAAGUACAACUGUGUUUCCGUGGGUUUAUUAGGCCUCUGUUUAGAUGACGUCGGCUGUUGUGAGUUUUAGAACAGAACGCAGUGUUGGAUAAAGCUCUCUCUCUCGUCUCGGUGGCAGAGAUUGUCGACCUCGGCUCCACUGUGACUGUCCCGUAUGGACUGAUACCGCACAGCACACCGGUAUUUGAACUGCAGCCCAGGAGUCUCCCCUCCUUCCGAUCAGCGCCCGUUUUCUUAAGUUAAUUUGAGAGGCUGUCAACAUGGUUUUAGCGGAUUUGGGAAGGAAAAUAACUUUGGCGCUGCGCUCGCUCAGCAAUGCCACCAUCAUCAACGAAGAGGUUUUAAAUGCUAUGCUAAAAGAGGUCUGUGCUGCUUUACUGGAAGCUGAUGUGAAUAUCAAACUAGUAAAGCAGCUCAGAGAAAAUGUCAAGGCUGCCAUUGAUCUGGAGGAGAUGGCAUCAGGUCUGAACAAGCGAAGAAUGAUUCAGCAUGCGGUGUUCAAGGAGCUUGUUAAGUUGGUGGACCCGGGAGUGAAGGCCUGGACCCCUACAAAGGGCAAGAGCAAUGUAAUCAUGUUUGUGGGCCUUCAGGGCAGUGGGAAAACCACAACGUGUUCAAAGCUGGCCUACUAUUACCAAAGAAAAGGCUGGAAGACCUGCUUGAUAUGUGCUGAUACAUUCAGAGCUGGUGCCUUUGAUCAACUGAAGCAAAAUGCAACAAAAGCCAGAAUUCCUUUCUAUGGAAGUUACACCGAGAUGGACCCUGUUGUCAUCGCUGCAGAAGGUGUUGAGAAAUUCAAGACAGAGAAUUUUGAAAUAAUCAUUGUGGAUACCAGCGGUCGACACAAACAGGAGGACUCCCUGUUUGAGGAGAUGCUUCAGGUUUCCAAUGCAGUGCAACCAGACAACAUUGUAUACGUAAUGGAUGCCUCGAUUGGCCAAGCUUGUGAAGCUCAGGCUAAAGCUUUCAAAGACAAAGUGGAUGUGGCAUCGGUGAUUGUUACCAAGCUGGAUGGGCAUGCCAAGGGUGGUGGUGCUCUGAGCGCAGUUGCUGCCACUAAAAGCCCAAUCAUCUUCAUUGGUACUGGAGAGCACAUUGAUGACUUUGAACCUUUCAAGACGCAGCCGUUCAUCAGCAAGCUACUGGGCAUGGGAGACAUUGAGGGUUUGAUAGAUAAGGUGAAUGAGCUAAAGCUGGAUGACAAUGAAGAACUGAUUGACAAACUGAAACAUGGUCAAUUCACAUUGAGGGAUAUGUAUGAACAGUUCCAGAAUAUUAUGAAGAUGGGGCCUUUUAGCCAGAUCAUGGGUAUGAUUCCAGGUUUUGGAACAGACUUCAUGAGCAAAGGGAAUGAACAGGAAUCCAUGGCCAGGUUGAAGAAACUAAUGACUAUCAUGGAUAGCAUGAAUGACCAAGAGCUGGACAGCAAAGAUGGUGCCAAGCUAUUCAGUAAACAGCCCAGCAGAAUUCAGAGAGUGGCAAGAGGCUCAGGAGUGGCCACACGAGAUGUCCAAGAGCUGCUCACCCAGUAUACAAAGUUUGCUCAGAUGGUGAAGAAGAUGGGUGGCAUCAAGGGACUCUUCAAAGGUGGUGAUAUGUCCAAGAAUGUCAACCCCUCUCAGAUGGCAAAAUUGAAUCAACAGAUGGCCAAGAUGAUGGACCCAAGAGUUUUGCACCACAUGGGUGGAAUGGCUGGCCUGCAGUCCAUGAUGAGACAGUUUCAGCAGGGAGCAGCUGGCAACAUGAAAGGAAUGAUGGGCUUCAACAACAUGUGAAGAGCUGAGCCUUAAUAAAACUGAAUCCACCUUUAUUUUAAAUAAGUAUGCAGCAGAGGAUCUCCCCCACCUUCCUCUGAUCAAUUUCCCUGUCUCAAAAUAAACAAUAGGCACAACGUAACUGGAGUUCCUACAAAAACUGAUUUAAUAGAUGUGUUUAUAACUGUAUAAAUGGAUCGUCGUGUUUCACGUUUAGAAUAAUGAGGAUAGGUGGUUUAUGGCGAAGAGCGUGAGGAAUAAAAUGCUAAGAAUCAAAUACUUGGUGUUUGGCACGCAAAGUUUUGGCAGAUCAUGUAAUAAAAUUUGUA